CUCAGAUUUAGAGUUUUAUAUCAUGAAAUUGGGACACAAUGCCAAGUUACUACUAUGUUUUAUAGGAAUAUUCUGUUGCUACUUCUACUACGGCAUAGUCCAAGAGAAAAUAACAAGAGGAACAUAUGGGGCUGAAAAUGAGAGAUAUUUCUACACCAUGUUUCUUGUGUUUUGCCAGUGCAUCAUCAAUGCUAUGUUCGCCAAAGGAAUACUUCUGGUGACAGACUCGCCUCCGGACAAGACACCAGCAUACCUGAGUUUUAUCUGCGGAGUUACUUACGUUGGAGCCAUGUUGGCUUCCAAUGCCUCCCUUAAAUGGGUCAACUAUCCUACUCAAGUGUUGGGAAAGAGUUGUAAACCCAUUCCCGUGAUGCUGCUUGGAGUGAUAUUAGCGGGAAAAAGGUAUAAUAUUGUCAAGUACCUGUCGGUGAUGUUGAUAGUAGUUGGAGUUGCUCUGUUCAUGUAUAAAGACGGUAAAUCUGACGGCUCUGGAUUUACGAUUGGUUCUGGUGAAAUGUUACUUCUCACAUCCUUGACACUUGACGGUCUAACUGGUGUGGCUCAAGAGAAAAUGAGAGGACACGGAAUGAAAGCUCACUACAUGAUUUUAAUGAUGAACCUGUCAGCGUUGGUUGUCAUGACGAUAUCUCUGUUGGCCACUGGAGAGAUCUGGGAAGCCCUCACAUUCUGCACAAAACACCCCGAAGUCGUUCCCGAAAUCAUCACUUUCGGAUUUGCCAGUGCUCUCGGUCAAAACUUCAUCUUCAUCACCGUGUCUGAGUUCGGGUCCCUGAUGUGCUCCAUCAUGACCACUACCCGGAAGUUCUUUACAAUCCUGGGAUCUGUCGUUUUGUUCGGUAAUGCACUGGCCACCCGUCAGUGGAUAGGAACUGCUGUUGUCUUUGCGGGACUAGUCCUGAACGAUAGGUUUGGUAAAACUGUCAAGGUUGAGAAACUCUGAAACAUUUAAUUUAGGUGUUAAAUGGGUUUAAAUUUUCUGUCUCCACAG